CGGCCUCUUUAGUGCUAGCGAGGCGCAGCAGGUGGGUAGUGGUCGGUGUGUGUGUGUGCUUCGUGUAGCUGUUCGGCAUUUAGUGAAAUGGGACUGUUGAGCGAAGGUUCGCCGCUGAGUUGGCCGGAGACGAAGAAAUUAUCGAACCACGUCCGAGAGCAUGCUGUGACACAGUUUAUCAACUUGUACCGCCGCCUGAAAAACCGUGAGAACGAUUGCUUGAAGUGGGGCGACGAAGUGGAAUACAUGCUCGUGUAUUUCGAUCACGUCAAGAAAACCGCCCAGGUAAGACUUCGAGCGCACGAAAUACUUCCCGUACUUCAGGAGAAAGAGCACAAAGAUCCGGAGCGAGUCAAAUCCCUUUGGCGACCCGAGUUCGGCGCUUACAUGGUCGAAGGAACGCCCGGACAGCCGUACGGUGGUCUCAUAUCUCAUUUCAACGUGGUCGAGGCCAACAUGAAGUCGCGUCGGGAAGAGGUGCUCGCGUUACUCCGGGAGGGCGAAGAACUUAUCUGCGUUACGUCCUUUCCGCGCCUGGGCUGCCCUAAUUUCACGAGCCCGGUGUUCAAGCCGCACCCAGGGGACAGCAACAUGCGCUCGCUCUUUUUUCCGGACGAAGCGACGUUCCCGGGCCACCCCCGCUUUCGAACCCUGGUGCGGAACAUCCGCGAACGAAGGGGCAAGAAGGUGGUCAUCAACGUGCCCAUAUUCAAGGACAAGAACACGCCGAGUCCCUUCGUCGAGGAUUUCUCCGCCCUCGGAGACGACGGCGAAGCAGCCAAAGCCGCCCUUCCCGACCACGUCUACAUGGAUUCCAUGGGGUUCGGCAUGGGCAACUGCUGCCUCCAGGUCACCUUUCAGGCGAGUAACAUUGAGGAGGCCCGUAUACUCUACGACCAGCUGGCACCCGUCUGCCCCAUCAUGCUUGCCCUGAGCGCAGCUUCUCCUGCCUACCGCGGUUACCUCACCGACGUCGACUGCAGGUGGAACGUCAUCUGCAGUUCCGUCGACGAUAGGACCGACGAAGAGCUGGGACUCAAGCCACUCUCUGAGAACCAGUUCGUCAUCCGGAAGUCCCGCUACUCCACCAUCGAGUGCUACAUCUCGGAUGCAGGCGAGAAGUACAACGACGUCAAGCUGGUCUACGACCAGAAGAUCUACGACAAACUACGCUCCGAAGGCAUAGACUCCCUGCUGGCGCAGCACGUGGCCCACCUUUUCAUCCGAGAUCCCAUCAGCCUGUUCAGCGAGAAGGUGGACCAGAACGAUGAAUUGGACACGGACCAUUUCGAGAACCUCCAGUCGACGAACUGGCACUCUAUGCGCUUCAAGCCUCCACCCCCCAACACGAGCAUCGGCUGGAGGGUCGAGUUCCGGCCUACGGAGCUGCAGAUGACGGAGUUCGAGAAUGCCGCCUACGUCGUCUUUGUGGUCCUGCUCACCCGGGCGAUCCUGUCGUACAAGCUCAACUUCCUCAUCCCCAUCUCCAAGGUGGACGAGAACAUGGAGGUGGCACAAAAGAGAGACGCCGUCAACACGCGGAAGUUUUGGUUCCGCAACGACAUCCUCACCUGCCGCAGCCCUCCUAUCCUGGCCCCGAACCUGAACCCGCUCUGUGCGCAGGACGAGUACCUGACCCAGAUGACCAUCAACGAGAUUGUCAACGGGAAGCCUGGUGAAUUCCCCGGGCUCGUGCCGCUCGUCCGGACCUUUGUGUCGAGCAUGGACGUCGACGUCGACACGCAGUGCACCAUCCAGCAGUAUCUGACGCUGAUCCAGAAGAGGGCGUCCGGGGAACUGAUGACGACUGCCGGGUGGAUCCGGAAGUUUGUCACCAGCCAUGCGGAUUACAAGCAAGACUCAGUCGUCACUGAAAGGAUAAACUAUGACCUCCUUGUACGAAUGUGCAGGAUCCAGCAGGGGGCCGAAGGGUGUCCCGAGCUGUUCGGAACGUCCAUUAGCAGAACGAAGGCCCACAUUCCAACUGCUAUUCUCAAUGCUCCAGGAGUUGUGAGUUCUGCCACAGGCCGUCCCUCUGCAGAAAGCCGCAAGUGAAGCCGGUCGGGCGACGAGCAAGUCUGGCGUGUACCUUCGUCACACAUGUUCUGGUCUCGAGCAAUUUGGUGGGAUAUGAUUGUUGUAGUAAGCAUAAUUUAUUUUUGUAACCUUCUUAUUGAGCACUCCAAUGCUGUUUGAUACCUGUGCACGCCAGCCACCCGGCACAUGCAAGGCCAAGUCACGACCAUGCAUCCGUCGCAUUCAUAGAAGUUAUAGGUAGGGAUAUAUAAGGAGAGAUCACUAUUUUUUGUGAAUCUAGAAGUUGCUUAGGUUUACAGCCGGUGUAAUUCCACAUAUGUGACUCUAGGUACAGCUAUUCUAGCCACAUAAAGGACACAACUAACGCUAUUUGCAUUAACAGUGCUGUUCUUUUUUUAAUCGAUGCACUUUUCUGGUCUUUCUUGUGCAAUAACUGCUGCCUCAUGUUACCUGCCCUUAAAAUCACGAUUUUUAUUUUCCUAGUCAAAUGAAUCUUGUUCCUGGUAAUGACUUUGCCCAGCAAAAGAAUGGCACUUCCUCAGAUAUGAUCCUUUAAAAAGGGUAGUAACAUCUGCUUUAGCUUCUAAAAUCAUCUGUCUUGCAAUAUGCAUGAUUUUCAUUACAGGGAGUUUAUCUCUGUAGUUUUUGCAAAACUUAAGAUUUUGUCCGCAGAACUUGCUUGUUUAUAUUUGGUGCUUGAAGGACUCGUAGGAUUGAUAUUGAUAUAUUAAAGAAUUAAUACUGAUAUUUUUACUAUUAAUCCUGAAUCGCGUGUUAUGCUGGGGCAUUUAAUACUUAAUUAUAUUUUAGAUGCCCCUGCUGUUCUGUAUUAGCAUAGUUGGGCUGUAGUCCAGUGAUUGCGUGGGCAGUGCCUCAAUUGUUUUCUUGCCAGUCUUUUUUUAUGGCAUAUUUUGAGCUACCAAAUACCGAGCUCCUUGAUGAACCUUGAAUUGUUACAGUGAAUGCAACUGCCAACUAGUCUCACGCUAACAUUCUCCCGAGUGUCCCUGAAAUAUAAACCCAGCCCCGUGUAGAGACUAUUUUGUCGGUUUUUGUAUACUUUUUUUUUGUGGAAUGUUAUGAGGAAUAGCAGAGAGAUCUUAGCACUAUUUACAUCAUGUGUGCCAAUUCUGCUAUUGUCACAAACAUAUCAGGGAGGACUCCGUUAAGGAGACCCAGGGCCCAAGUCUACUGAAAUGACACAGUUUAAAGCAUCCCAGAGCGUUGUUAUGUUGACUCUACCUGUUAUGGAAUCCAGGAAUUGUGGGCUUGUGCUGCACUGCUAUAAUGCAGUAGAUCUUUUUUUGUACUUGAUUUUCGUUUGUUAAUAAAAUGUUAUACCUUA